AUGACGGAGCUGCCGAGCACCGCCUUUCUAGAUUUGUUCCCAGUCCGCAAGAAAGGGACAAUUUGUUCACGGAGCACUGCAGCAGUGUCAUUCGUCACCUCCACUCGCGGCUUGCGAAGCCCUGAGAAGCCGAACCUGCAGCGCCAAGCUGAAGCUUUCCAGAAUGCACAGCCGGCUUCUUCGCCGCGACAAAGCGGCGUGGCCUGUCGUCAGUGUCCAGAUCGUGCAUGGCCGGUGACGGUGGCUAACUCAGCCCAGAUCAAGCUAAGCUGUUCCAAAGCGCCGAGUAUACGAAGCGAUUCUGAUGCACCAUCCCUCCCUACCAUCCCCCCACCACAUUCGCAACCUCGUCCAUCCAUCCAGCUUUUGUUCCAUUCGACAUCUCGUUGCGUCGUACUCGGAAUCGAAUCAACCACACGGACGAAAGGAGGACAUCCCGAACGGCUUGACGUAGCUUCGUCCGGAGACUCUCACACCUAUCAUCGGUCUUCAGAGCACGCACUCGCUUCUCGUCCGCAGCUUACAAACAGCUUCUCCCGCAUUUUAGCUCGUACAGAGUUCAAAAGUAGCAAGAUGGCGUACUACUGCAACGGAUACAGAUACAACACCCCUUGCAACAAUGGCCUCGGCUAUGGGCCACGCAUCGGCAUCGGCGUUGCCAUCGCGGUGGGUGUGGUUUUGUUGAUCAUUCUCUUUUCGCUGCUGGCACGCAAGCGCAGGAGACGGUUCAACCAGCAGUCGACGCUGCCCAUGACGUACCAGCAGAACCAGACGUCGAAUUACCAACAAGGAUACGGCGGAGGGGGGUACGGGCAAGGGUACGGGCAACCAUACGGGACACAGCAAUCGUCCUAUGCGUACGGGCAACAACCUGCGUACGGCCCACCCGCGGGUGCCCCUCCGACGGGCGGCGAUUCUUACGCCCCACCUCCUGGCCCGCCUCCUCCGGCUUACGUGCCUUCCCAUGACAAGCCCGCCGAAAGCGCCCGCGUCUAA